UCCUCCUCCCAGACGUUUUUCUCUUUGCCUCGGCCACUUCCUUCCUCAGCCUCUUCCUCGCCAGUGCAUUGAGAAAGAUUAGCGGGUCGGGACCCACGCGGUAGCGGUUCCUCAUCGGAAAAGAGCGCGAGCCGAGAGGCAGCAAUGAAUGUGGAUCAUGAGGUAAACCUCUUAGUGGAGGAAAUCCAUCGUUUGGGUUCAAAAAAUGCCAAUGGAAAGUUAAGCGUGAAAUUUGGAGUCCUCUUCCGAGAUGACAAAUGUGCCAACCUCUUUGAAGCAUUGGUGGGAACCCUCAAAGCUGCAAAGCGAAGGAAGAUUGUUACGUACCCAGGAGAGCUCCUUUUGCAAGGUGUUCAUGAUGAUGUUGACAUUAUAUUGCUGCAAGAUUAAUGUGGUUCACAUAUCUUUGUGUAUUACCAUUUUUUUUGUUUCUGGUAAACUGGAAUAUAAAGUCAAAGAUCAAACAUCUGGGCAUACGUCAUGUAUUUUUUAUAGAACUUUGUAAACAAAAGCAGACUCAUAUUUUAGAAGUCUGUCCUUUUUAUAUCUUGAAAGAAAACAUGUAUCACACUGUAAAAUAAGCAAAUGAUAUUGUUUUUCUCAGGUUGUGAAACGCAGGCAAUAAGGCUUUUUGUAUGUGGGGGGGGCAGGGGAGUGUUUGUUUCAUAAAUCAUUCUUAGACAAUUUCUACAAAUAUUUGACAUUCUGUGAAAACAAGAAGCAAGCUGAAGCUCAACUCCCAUAAGAAAUAUUAUGCUUGUGUAAUAAAGACAUAUAAUUGUCUUAAAAUU